GCAGUGCGGAAGCGGAAGAGGCUGCAGGGCCGGGAAGCUUCUCCUUAGGCCGGCCGGGUCCUGCGGUCCGGGCCGCCCGCCGCGAUGCCGAGCCCCCGGAGGAACGCCGAGGGACGCCCGCUGGCCGCCUGCGCCCCGAGCAGCAGCGGCAGCCCGGCCCAUGGCGGCGGCGGCGGCGGCAGGUUCGAGUUCCAGUCCCUGCUCAGCAGCCGCGCGCCGGGCGCCGACCCCACCUGCGCCCGGCUCCGCGCGUCCGAGAGCCCAGUGCACCGCCGCGGCUCGUUCCCCCUGGCCGGGGCGGGCUCCUCGCCGGCGCUCCCGCCCCCGCUGCCCGAGGAGGACCGCAUGGACCUGAACCCGUCCUUCCUGGGCAUCGCCCUGCGCUCCCUGCUGGCCAUCGACCUGUGGCUGUCUAAGAAGCUGGGGGUGUGUGCGGGGGAGAGCUCAUCCUGGGGCAGCGUGCGGCCCCUUAUGAAAUUGCUGGAGAUCUCGGGACACGGCAUCCCCUGGCUGCUGGGCACCCUCUACUGCCUGUCCAGGAGCGACAGCUGCGCCGGGCGAGAAGUGCUGAUGAACCUGCUCUUCUCCCUGCUGUUGGACCUGCUGCUGGUGGCCCUGAUCAAGGGGCUGGUCCGCAGGCGCCGCCCGGCCCACAACCAGAUGGACAUGUUUUUCGCCCUUUCGGUGGACAAGUACUCCUUCCCUUCGGGCCAUGCCACCAGGGCCGCCCUGGUGUCACGGUUCAUCCUGAACCACCUAGUGCUGGCCAUUCCACUGAGGGUGCUGGUGGUACUGUGGUCCUUCAUCUUGGGUCUCUCCAGGGUCAUGCUGGGGCGGCACAAUGUCACCGACGUGGCUUUUGGCUUUUUUCUGGGCUACGUGCAGUACAGCAUCGUGGACUAUUGCUGGCUUUCACCGCACAAUGCUCCAGUCCUCUUUGUACUGUGGAACCAACAAUGACACCAUCUCAUUCGUUAUGGCACCAGAUCUGAAGGCUUCGACACGUGAUGAUGCUGACAUAAACCAGCAGCCAUCCUGCUUGCCCCCCUAAGGAUUUCAGGCUUUCUUUUGGGAUUUCAGGUGUCCUACAAUCUUGAUGGGUUGCUAGGCUAGAGCACAGUGCUGACCAUUACUGAUAACAGCCAUAUUAUAGAAAGCAAAAAAAACCCCCUCUAUUAUAUACCUAUUCAACAGCUUUUUAUAUCUCCAGGACAACUUCAAAGAAACCAAGUUGAGAGAACAAGCCAAGAACUUUCCUGAAGAAGAAACACUUAAAGGUGGGCAUAUCGACAGUGCCCAUAGAAAAGGAAAGAUGGGACUAUGGCCUCAUGCUUAAUUCUGUUGACAGCAAAUAGCAUGGCAUGACAGAGGACAGAAAAGCGAAGCUGCUGAGGAGAUCAAAGGAACUGAGAGUCUCGGGGUAGGCUCACUACAUACUUUGUCAGUGGACCAACAUGGAAGAAGAUGGGCCCUGCUGCCUACCAUCUCUACUGAAUAAAGAAUAAUGCUUCUUUAAUGAGGUAAUAAAGUGGAAAAAUAACUUGAUUCUUUGCAAUGCAAGAGCAUAAGCUUUCAAAUAUAUACCACAAGGAUGACCCUGUAUAUUAUAGUUUUUCAUAUGGAAUUCCAUUUCCCUGUAUACAGCACACUUUAGGUAACAGUAUUUAACUUGAAAUUCAUCAAGUGGAGCCUACUGCUAUACCAGGCACAAAGUAUAACUCCUAAAUUUCCAUUUAUAUUGACCCUCACAAUUAAAGCAGUUUAUCGAUGGUGCCUCCCCAAAUCACAAGACCAAAAACCUCCAAAUGCAGGGUGGACUCUGCUCAUUAUUCUUUGACCAGGAAAGAUGGAAGAGGGUGUGUGCUUUAAAUGCUGCUCUGCCUGAAAACAUGAACCUUUAAAUUACCUGUGGAACUGGUGUCUUUAGAUAAUCUUAACAACCAAUUAUUUUGACAUUUAUAAAUAGCAAGGAUUAUGGCAUUUGAUCUGUCAUAUAGAGAUGUACAUAGGAAUCCGGAGAAUGGCUGUGACAGCUAGGCUCUGAUUGGGUGGAAGUGUGAACUUUCUGCGUGUGAGAGGAACACUGAAAAAGGAAUAGCUUCUUUUCAAAAUGAAGCAAAAUUAUUUGCAUUUCCACAACAUCCUGAACACAGACUACAUCUUCACUUCCUGAAUCAGCCAAACUGUGACACUCUAAGUGGUUUCCUUUAUUGUUUAGCCUUAGAGGGAUCCUUUAUUUUAAUUGCAGCAAUAUUCAGGCCAGAUAUUUGGAAGCAGUUUUUCCUCUUGCAGCAUCUACAAGUCUGAAUACUGGGAGAUCAAAAUUAGGCUCACCUCAUUUCUGGUUAUUUUUCUGGAAUUCCCUAUCUUGGUUGCUGGGGCCUGAGUUUGCUGGCUUUUAAAGCACAGAUCAAUUCACCUGAUUUUUUUGAAGCAUCCUAAGUACCGUAGAGUAAAAAAAACUGAUUCCACUGUUAAUUAAUUGUACACUGAAGAAUGCCUUUUAAAAAUCAAAAUAAAAUUAACCAGUAAUGUUGAAUGAA